AUGGUUGUUUCAUGGGUAUGUUGCAGCAGUAAUGGGUUCUCCAAAAUGUUUGCAGGUAUGGAAGGGGGAAUUUUGCUGGUGUGUUCGUAUGGUUUAGUUAAUGUUCUUAUUUGGUUGCAUCACGAUUCGUCGUAUGUGAAGAUUGUUGAUGAAAUUUGUGGGAAGUUCGAUGGAUUGGUACCAGGUGCGGUGUAUUUGUUUUUUGAUUUUCCCGGGUAUAAGAAGUUUAAGGAGGAUAGCGAUGAUGACAUUCAAAACAUGUUGUGCCUUGCUAAGUCGUUCGGGAUAAAUCACAUUAAGGUCCUCAUUCAGGAAAGUAGUGUUGGUGUGGGGGGUAAUCGUGUCGUGUUGGAUUUUGCGGACGAUGGGGGAAUAUCACGGCAUGUUAGCGGGAAUGGGUUCGUGGAUGAGCAGAUGGAUUUGUUACCAACGUACUCAACUGAAUUCCGUGAAGUUCUGUGUAAGUAUGCUGUUGAACGUGGAUUUCAAUUUAAGUACGUUAAAAAUGACUCCGUGCGAAUUACGGUAGUGUGUAAGUUUGCGGCUUCAACAGAUUGUUCGUGGUCAGUUCAUGCGAGGAUGUUACCGUCAAGUGGGGUGUUAUGUGUUAAGAGGUUUGAUAGUGUGCAUACUUGUAGGGCUGCUGUACGUACUUCUAGGAACCCUCGUACGGGGUCUGAUUUGGUGUCUAUCGUUGUUGCAGAUCGAGUGCGCGAUAAGCCAUUGACGCGCCCCACUGAUGUUGUGUUUGAUUUGAAGAACGAGUAUGGUUUGGAUAUUAGUUACCGGGUGGCAUGGUUGGGUGUUGAGAAAGCUAGAGGCGAGGUGUAUGGGGAUCAUGCUACGUCCUUUGAUCAGCUGAGGUGGUAUAGCAAUUCUGUUAUGCAAAAAAACCCAAAUAGUUACAUUAAUCUUGAGUUUGACCAAAAAACCGGGAGCUUCGUUAGGUAUUUCAUAUCAUUUCGCGCUUGUAUAGAUGGAUUCAAACACUGCCGGCCUAUGCUAUUUUUGGAUGGAACAUUUUUGAAAGGUAGAUUUAAAGGUAAUUUGCUCGCAGCUACUGCUAAAGACGCCAAUCAAGGAUUGUUUCCGGUAGCCUUUGCUAUUGUUGUUUCCGAGAAUUCAGCUAAUUGGGAACGGCUUCUUCGUAAUUUGAAAGAAGUUGUUGGGGGUGGGCGAACAUUAACUUUCAUAUCUGACCGCCACGUCGGAUUAUUACACUCUAUGCCCAUUAUUUUCCCUUCAACGCAUCAUGCAUAUUGUUUGUUGCAUCUCCAAAUGAACUUGCGGGAUUGA